CAUUAUUUAGCGUUUAGGAUAGAGUUACUAGUUUUGUUAACGCAAUAAAACGACCAUGGCUGCCGCAAGCGUCACCUCACCAUGGUUGCUCCGAAAGGCAUUUCAAGCUUUGGCUUUCUCUCAACCUCUUCACACCAACAAACACCUUUCUUUCUAUGGAAAUCUUUGCUCUUUUCCAUUUCAAUAUCCGCUGAGAAGUUCAGGGUUAUGUCACAUUGCCCAAGUUAUAAAGGGGGAUAACGAUGUUUUACUUAAAGGAGUAGGAGAUAAGAGUGCUAUCGAAGAAGUGAAACAUAUACUUGAUACGGCUAGACGUGCAGCAACCAGAAGAGAGGUAUUCCAUACAGAUUUUCUAACCCCACCAGUAUUAAAGGAAUCCAUGAUUGUUCUGCAAAAACUGGCUGAUGUUAAGGCAGUUGCACAGGGGGGGUAUCCUCAGGCUGAGCGUUGCCGUCUUUCUAUUGGACAUUCAGAAGUAUUGACCAAUGAUCCUAAUGUAGUUGCAGCAAUAAAUAUCUCGGGAAACUUCAGCUUUCAACCUUGUUCUCAUGGUGACUUCCUUGGUGCAAUUCUUGGUAAAGGUAUUGCUAGGGAGAAGCUUGGGGAUAUUAUCUUGCAGGGAGAAAAGGGAGCUCAUGUCGUGAUUGUUCCUGAACUCGUUGACUUUCUUAUGUCGACACUGGACAAGGUUGCUAAUGUAUCAGUAUCAUGUACACAGAUACCUCUGCUUGCACUUGAAUAUGAGCCACCAAGGACGCAGUCAUUCAAAACCGUAGAAGCAUCACUUCGUGUUGAUGCUCUUGCUAGUGCAGGAUUUAAGAUUUCUAGAUCUAAACUAGUUAAUUUGAUAAGCAACGGAGAUGUACGCGUAAAUUGGACAACUGUCACAAAAAAUGGAACAACUCUCAAGACCGGUGACAUUGUCUCUGUUAGUGGGAAAGGAAGACUAAAGAUUGGAGAAAUUAACAGUACAAAGAAGGGAAAGUUUUCUGUGGAACUCAUUCGGUAUUUGUAGGGUUUUAGAAGACAAGCAAUUGAGUAAAAGGAUGAUUUGGAGUUUAGGCAAUUGAGGAUACACAUUGUGAUGUUUCUAACUAAACAAGGGAUUCUCAAAUAUCAGAAGCCAUAGAAAAGAAAAAAAGGAAUUGCAUUACAAGGAGUCUGGCUCAUGUAUCAAAGCUGUGAAUUCCAAGACAAAUGCCAGCUUCUUGCAUGGCAUCUGAGGGUCAUAGGAAAACUCAACACUUGAGUGCAUUAGAGGCAUCCAGAAUAUUCAUAUAAUUUCUUUUAAUAAUCAAUCAUUUUGGUUUUAUGUAUUUAGUAUUAAUUGUA